CAAAUGAGGUGUGGGUAAAAAUUAUAGGGGGGACUAGAAGAGAUUGCAGCAGCCCAGCCCUGAAUCAGGAGAAACGGAGGGUGUGGAGGGGGAAAGAGACAGAAAACAGGAGUUGUUAGGUGCAGGAUCCUGAAGAUUUGGGUUUAGUUGUGUUGGUGCUGCGUGCAGAUCUGCAUCCUUCAUCGCUGCUGGGAAACAAGUGCCUUUUGUGCCUCCCCCCUGCUGCAGAGGGGGGAGUGCGUUUACCGGCGUCCCCGGAGGGAGAAGGCAAGACGUCUCCAAUCAGCCCUUAGAGCUUCCUCUGAUCUUAAUGGGCAUUUAUCACUGACCUGCUCACCACUCCAACCACCCGGAAGGUUCUCAGCGCUUUCACUUUGUUUAUUUACUAUAAAAUCACACUUUGACGAGGAUACGACAAUCAGCCUGACCAGAAAAAAAGGGGAGGGAUAUCUGGACAUGCUGGAUUGUUUGUUCAUAAUGGACUGACUUUUCCACAUGAAUUUUUUUUUCUUUUCUCCAGCGGAGGACUCUUUUUCUUAAAUGUACGAAGGCAAUAUUUACCCUGUCAUGUUGUGUUUGUCAUCCUGAAGGAGAGGCAGAGCAUCAUCCUGACAGUCAUGUAGGGCUGACACAUGUAGAUAGAUUUGAAGCAGGAGAAAAUGGAAAAGGGUGACAGUUGGAGCACACUUGCCUGCUGAGCGCGUCUGGCGCCUCGCUCUCCAGAGUUUGGGGUUGUUUUGGCCGAGUUGUCAUGCUUCUAAUUGGACAGAGAUAGCUUUCGUCUCAGUGUGUGGCUGGUGAGAGGAGUCAGAGUUUGGGGGAUUACAGGCUUUACGCAAAAAGGAAACAGGUGCUGUGGAGCCUUGACUGAGGAUUAGUUUGUGCGACCCUGUCGAUGGACCUUUUAGACAAGAUGAUCCUCGCUCAAGGACUAAAGAAAAAGAAGGUUUAACCCAGACGAUGAGACUCACAGGAAGGAGACAGGAGAGGAGCUUGCAUUAAGAUUGAGAUCAGGUCCCUGCAAACUGUGAAAAGUGAUGUCUUCAGGGCAACUAUCAAUAUUGAGGGACAUGUUUGCAGAACUUCAAGGGGGAAAAAAACCCUUUCUUCAAUAUGCCAACAAGUCGAACUGAUCCAUGAGCUGUUUUUUAUUGAUUUUCUCUCAACAUCUAGAAGUCUUGUCUGAUUACUGCUCAAGAGGUCACUAAUCUAAACAUAAUCCAUCACUAGUCUCACCCUGAAGCAGUUUGAGUACUGAGUGAGCCACGUCCGAGGACUAAUGGAAGGGUACGAUCAGAAUAUUGCUGAGAUCCAGGGUAGGUGCAGUUAAUAUAAAUGCCUUGUAUUGUUUUGAAUAAAUAGUGGUGUGUGUUUGUAAGUAGAGCAGCUUGUAGCUCAAAGGAUGGUGUGUCGCAGGUUACCUUAUCUUCAGUGCACAGGAAAGGUUUGCUGCUUCUGGCUAAUGGUGUCAUGGGCACAACCUGACACAAAGCUUUCAAUCCCACUCAUGCCCUCAAGGAGUUUCAGUGCCGUUGCAUUAAGAAAUACCUCUAACCAUAUGCUGAUCCUUAAGUAGAUGACCAGAGCAAGACAGAGUGCUGACUCGGCUUUAAGCAAAGACACGUUAUCUCAGCAAGCCUGGAGAGCAAAGCAGGAGGGUAGGACAAUAUGGGACUGAGGAGUAUGAGGCAGCCUCUGCAAGUUGUUAGAUGGUCUCAUUGUUUGAACGUGUAGCUCUGUGAGAGUGGGGGAGUUCAGCCACAGCGGGCGUCUUCUGGGAGUAACUACUCGAUGCUGCAGCUCUAGAUCUCAAUGACCCAGAGUAGCUGGCUACAGCAGGAGUUCUGCACUGUCGCGUUUGUCUGGGAGAAGCACUGACAUGUCUGAAACUGGUGCCUGAUUGAUUAAUGAAGCACAAACCUGCAGGACAAUUAGAGUGUGAAGAGAGAUCUGCCAAUAAGCACACAGAUUUCCAUGGAAAAUAUCUGCAAAUAAAAUAAUUUCCAACGUGUGAGCACAACAAAAGACAGGCGGAACAGUGACGCAGCCAAUUAAACUGUGCCCUUCCCUGCUGUGGAUGAGUUGCGUGUCACUCUGAAGAGGACUGGUGUUACACACCACAAGCCCCUGUGAAUGAGGGUGGGGCUUUCCCACUGCCACAGACAAAGAAUACUGCCUUAAGAACCGAACUUCGGUUGGAGGACCAGCAGGGUCCGUCGUUCCCUGCCAGCCGUCGCCAUGGGGUGCAACAUGUGUGUGGUUCAAAAGCCUGAGGAGCAAUACAGGGUGAUGUUCCAGAGGGGUCAUGUAGGCAACAUGCUGUGCUCUUUUGACGCUGAUGGUCGAUUAAAGGUGAAUGCGAAGGAGCUUUCUCGCCUGUCUGGAGAUCCCACCCUGGACAUACGAGACCCCCGGCUGUCCAGCAUCCUGAAGCGGGGCGCUCGGAGACGCGCGGCCCCGACUGCGGCCGCCGGGGGCCCCGUGGCGGUGACCAUGGGCAUGGCCGACUGCGUGGACAGCUGCACCCAGACGGACAUCAGCUUCCAGCAUAUGUUGACUCUGGGCCGGAGCAGAGAGCAUCCCUGCGGAGCGCCGCCCCCACCCGACCCAACGCCCUCCCCGCCGCUGCCCCCGCUGCCGGAGCCAUAUCUGUUCAACGAACUCUUCUCGGAGCCUGUGUACUACGACCCCACCGACUACUUCGACAUCAGUCAGCACGAAGUGGACAGAAACGACGAGCUGGAAUACGAGGAGGUGGAGCUGUACAAAUCCCGUCAGCAGGAUAAACUGGGUCUGACGGUGUGCUACAGAACCGAUGAUGAGGAGGACCUUGGGAUCUACGUGGGAGAGGUGAACCCAAACAGCAUCGCUGCGAUGGAUGGACGGAUCCGUAAAGGAGACAGAAUACUACAGAUAAACGGAGUGGACAUCCAGAACAGAGAGGAGGCGGUAGCUAUUCUCACCAGAGAGGACAGCACUAAUGUCUCCCUGCUCCUUGCAAGGCCUGAGAUAGAGAAUGAAAACCAGCUGGAUCCAGACGAGCUGGAACUGGAGCCUCUGGACAACGAUGUUCAUUUGAGCAGCAGUACCAUAUUGAGGAGCAGCCCUUCCGUCCAAGGUGCAGGACAAGUCAGCGCUGCGAUCGGAGGUGUCCUCUCCAGUCACAAUCACGCUCACUUGCUGAGCAGAGAUUCUCCUGAUUUGCUCCUGACUGUCCUGAGUAACAGCCAGGAGUUGGACAGCGGGGUUGGCCGGACAGACGAAAGCACACGCUAUGAGGAGUCGUCAGAACACGACCUACUAGGGGAUGACCACACCAGUGCCUCCAACACAAACACAACCAACACACCUGGAAGCAUGCGAAAGUUCUUGUCGGGCAGAGGGGACACCCCACCGUUACUGCACUCCCAAGACCUUCAGUUCAGCACUGACUCUCUGCUAGGACUGGACUGCUUCAAUGGAGGAGGAGGCCUGGAGCUGGUGGAACGUUUAGAGAGGAGCUACAUGGCAGAUUCAAUGCGGAUGAUGAUGCCUGGGCUAACCGAAGAAGAGUGCGAGCGAUACAAAGAGCUGCUGGAGAUCAAGUGCUUCUACGAGAAGAACAGCAAUGUUCCGGGGGUGGAACAAGAGGAAGGGGAUGUGCCACUGGACGAGAAUAGGAAUGAGAGUUUGACGCAGCAUGAGAUGGCCCUCAUAGAAGAAGAGCUGCGCCAUCUGGAGUUUAAGUGUCGCAAUAUCUUGAGAGCGCAGAAGAUGCAGCAGCUGAGGGAGCGUUGUAUGAAGGUUUGGCCUCAUGAAGAUAAAAAUGGAGCAAGUGCAGGCACUGGGUUAGGAGCUGGGCGCUUGGAGACAAAUGGUUCUUUGGUGAGUGAGGAGUCUUGUCACCAGGCUCUAUCAGACAUCAACGAGCUUCCUGAGAGAGAGCGCUCUGAUAAAGACAGCACUAGUGCCUACAACACUGGGGGAGAAAGUUGCAGGAGCACGCCUCUGGUCAGUGAACAGUACCCGUCUCUGUCCACUCAGAGUCUGGAGGGAGGACAGUCUCCUCUUCCACCGUCCACCAGACAAAAAGAGAGAUGGGAUGGGAUCCAAGCAAACUUAAACCAACCAUACUCUCCGCAAACUCACCGGAGAGGAAGUGAGGCAAAGACAUCCAGCCCGGGGGUAAAGGUUAGGUCAUUGUCCCGGGACGUAGGAAGUAGGAGGGGCUCGGAUGGGGGAAUGAGACGCAACCCUAGAACCAAUGGGACAGCUGAGAGAGCCGGCGGACGCAGCGCAGAAAACAGCCCAUAUCUGUCCCGCCGUCAGACGGACGUAAAGCCCCCACAACGCUACCUGAGCUGCAUGCAGCUGAGGACACCCUCGGCCUCCGAGCACCUGGGUGGACUCAGGAAUCUCCCCAAAGAGGGCACUAUAGAGUUAGGAGACGAUGCGAGUCCAAUGAGUUUGGGCAGCACAUGUAAAGAUGUUCCCCAGAUUCCAGAUGGCAUUCCCUCAGCGUUGUCCCCUCCUCUGCUGCCCGCUUCCCCCAGAAUGGAGUGGAAGGUGAAGAUCCGCAGCGACGGCUCACGCUAUGUGGCCAAACGACCCGUGAGGGAUCGCCUCCUGAAGGCUCGUGCCAUAAAGAUCAGAGAGGAAAGAAGCGGAAUGACGACAGACGAUGAUGCUGUGAGCGAAAUGAAGAUGGGUCGCUACUGGAGCAAAGAGGAGCGAAAGCAGCAACUGCUGAAAGCCCGAGAGCAGCGGCGGCGCAGGGAGUUCAUGAUGCAGAGCCGUCUCGACUGCCUCAGGGAGCGUGAUAGGGAGCAGGGCGGCAGCGCGGCAGGUCAACAGGGGGCGCCACAGCAGCAGGAACCUGCAUCCAUACUGGAACUCUGCCACCGGAGGAGCAUGAAGAAGCGCAGUCGGAGAAUCCUGGACAACUGGAUCACUAUACAAGAGCUGCUGGCGCAUGGGAGCAGGUCUGCAGACGGGAAGAAAGUCUACAACCCCCUGCUGUCUGUUACCACAGUCUGAGCCGUUGUACACACGUAGCCGGGUCUUUAUAAAAACAAAUAUCUCCGCCACAUAAUUAAAAAAAAAUACCGCACACACAGGAUCGGUUUAAGAAAUAUGUUCAUCUGCAUGAACUCACUAAAUUACUCCACUGUGCGUUGUAGUAAACAUGCCACACCCAUAGGGGGCAGUGUAUUGCAAAGCUAAAACCUAUAUCAGCCAAUCACAAUACUUCUCAAAAAGCACAACUUCCUCUUAGGAAUUAAAUAUGAUGCCAGAAGGUUCAUUUAUGUGGACAGAGAAACUACUUUUAAAUACUGUUAGUGUUAGAAAAUAAAGUUUCUAAAAUACAAGACAAUGUCGUUUGGGAUUUGCGUCAAAGCAACUAACAGCAAUGAAUGGCAUGAUUGGAUAGUUGUUGUAAGGCAGCUGAUCUUUGGUCUCUGAUAGUCAUUUUUCUACGACAGGGUAUUACAGCCAUACUGAGAAAAAGCAAAAAAGGAAGAAAAUCACGAGAAAAAGUGAUAACAUCAUGACAUUAAACUUGUACAAGAAUGAAGUUGUAAUGUUACGAGACAAGUCAUAAAGUCGUAAUAUUCUAACUUUAUUCUCAUAAUAUGACUUUAUUCUUGUACUUAUUCUCGUAAUUUUAUGAUUUUAUUGUUGUAAUGUUUUGGGGGUUUUUUCUUAGUGUUGCCCUAAUUCUCUGUCGAAUUUCUCCUCCAUUGAUGGCCAAACAAUGGUCACAUGUAAGAUUAGCACAACAUUAUUUAUCACGGAUUGUAAUGCAUGUACCUCUAAAUCUCCGGUUUCCAAUUCUCAAAUUUCCACUUUGUUCUAAAUUUUUAUUAAUAAUAGUUUUUGAUGAUAUCACACUGAGUUUAUGUGGAAAUUGAAAGGCCAAAUCGCAUAAAAAUCUAUUCAAUUUCCCAGAAAUCCGGCUACGUGUGUUACUAGAUGGGCAAUGAAAAGAGAGUGUUAGAAAGAGAUAACAUAAUUUGGCACACAACAGGCCCAAGUAAUAAAAACAAAACUUCUUCCAAAAGCGCAAGAAAAUAUACAUAUAUAUAUACACUGUGAACAUAAAGAUCAAUUUUAAGUAUCCUGUAGCAAUUCCAGCGCUAGAGACAAAGGGAAAAAAGCACAGAUUGUGUUCAAUAAAACAUAACACAAUGCUACAUACCACGAUCACACCAGCUGCUCCUCAGAAGCUCGCCAAUAAAAACAGCAAUGUUUACAGGUCUUGAACACCUUUUUAUAAUUAAUGGAAAAUGGGGCCAAGAACAAUGCAGCUGUGAAAGAAAACAUUGAAGAAAAAUCACUUGUGUGCCAUAAAAACUGGACAACUGGUGUCCAAGUAAGACUUUUGCAAGUAAGACAACUUUUUCUGCUUGGCUGCAUCUUUUGUAAUAUUUUUUGCUGUGUUCGUGUACAACUUUCACCAGUUUGUUUUGUUUGUUUGUUUUUUAACACGUUAUCUAAGCACAGACAUCUCUUGGACACGAGGAGCUGAGCCGUGCCUUUGUUUCAGGCAGAACUGACUGUAAAGCACAAAAGAAAAAAGGCUGGACCAGUUCAAUUUUUCAUUAAAAUCAAUGUAAAAUGCCUCCACAAGAAAAAGAAAAAAGAAAAGAAAAAGAUUUAGGUCAUAAAUAUUGUUGACCUUUUAAUAAGCACAGACAAGAUGUUGACAUCAUCACCUGAAGAAUAGAUUAGGCAAUUUAGAUUAACAUUAUCCAAAGAACUGGGUAUUUUUGCUCUGUUGUAGCUCUUCUUGCAAUUUUAACUGAUUCAUAAGCUAAGGAACAGUGUUUUGCACAAGUAUUCAUACAUCCCGAUUUUUUCCACAUAUUCUCCCAAUAAAAACAGAAACUCUGCAGCUGAAAUUAGCAUCUGUGAUCUUGCCACAAGCUAUCAAUUGGAUUUACAGUUGACUGGGUCAAAGGUCAACUGUUACAUUUCUAAUAAAAGGUUUGUUUUAUGCUUCAGUUUUUUCAAGCCAACCAAAAAUGUACAUUUUGGUCUCACCUAUGACAUACUUUUGAUUUUUGAAUGAUGAAUUGUGGUCUGUGAAACUCCCUUUCAUAAUCCAAACCAACUUUAAACUUCUCGACAACUUUAUCCCUGACCUGCCUGCUCCAUUUCUUGGUCUUCACGAUGCUGUUUGUUCACUUUCAAAGAGACUGGAUUUACACUUACAUAUAUAUAUAUAUCGCUAGCUAAUUAGGUAGCCUGGUAAAAAAAAAAAAAUUAAAUUAAAAACAGUCCAUUGUUCUACACUAUUUUACUAUUUGAUUCAAAGUUCGUACAUAAUCUGGACCCUCGACUAUUCAGAAACGAUUGCUUCGUAGUUAAAGUUUUAAAUUUUUACCCAAUUGCUAAUGGUUACUUUCCCCGUGACGUAUGUAAUGCGCCAGUUCGACGUUCCGUAGCGUACCGGAAAUUGCCUGAGCUGUAAACAACCACCCUUUGCUGCAAAGAGAGACGCGUCGGACCGAACAAAGAUGGCCGUUACUGUUAACUCAGUAAUAUUUGGAACCGUGGCCAACGCGGACUGAACGGCUUCGCUCACUUCCUCCGCUACCGUUGCUAAAACUACAGGCUGAAUUAUAAACCAGCGCAAAAAACAAAAAAAAUUUAAAAAAUCUACGUCAUCGUUUACAAUUUCUUCUUCUGUUCGCUGAUUGGCCCGUUUGAAAUUCUACCAGAUGAAUCCACUUUCAUGAGAGAAAUGCCGGAGGGAGAGGUAGCUUUCGCAUUACAAGUUUAACACAAAUACACUCUGCUUUUUUAUAUUAUUAUUUGCUAUUAGGAGACCUUCCUGUUUAAAAUUGUCAACUAAUUUGAGUCUGAAACCACAUAAAACACACCGAUAUAAAUGCUAUAAAAGGCAUGAAUACUUUUGCAAGGCACUGCAAGUUCCCGCCCUGAAGAUGAUGCAGUUCUCUACUCCCGCAGACCAGUUAGGGUAUUGUUUAUGACUGUGACCAGGGCUAUUCAUGGAUUCUUCAAGCUAUAACUCACCUAACAUCUGCUGCACCUGCUGUUUUCUGAAACUUGCUCCUCCUAUAUGGAGUAUCUUCUCUAUUAUACCCGCACAAAUGCUGCUUCUUUCCACUAAACUCGUGCAUGUUUGAUACAGAGAGGAUUCCCCACCCAUGCGCUUCAAUAUUGAAGGCUUUUACUCUAAUUGUGUACGUCUUUCUAUGACUUUGCUGAAGUCCUAGCAUAGAGAAAAGAAAAACACGUAAUUGUUAAGUGUUGUGAUGUGUCUGCAGUUUGAAAGCUUUUAUAAAUAAAUGCUGUGAACAUUAA